UAAAACCCCCCUCCAGAUCUCCCUCACCACGCCCAAAACCCUCGUCGAGCUUACUUAUUCAUCGAGAGCCAAAGAAAUGGCCGCCUCGUCAGCCUCCUUCGCCAACACCGUGCGAAAGCCGCUCCCCGUGUCAAAUCUUUCAUCCAAACUCCCUAUUCCCUCUGCUUUUACUACUGUCUCCUUCCGCACCAACCGCCGUCCGAGCCACGUCGUUUUCAUUUCUGCCUCUCUUGAUGGCAAGCCCACCGUUCUCGUCGCCGAGAAGCUCGGUGAAGCUGGGCUAGCUCUUCUCAAGGAGUUUGCGAAUGUGGAUUGUUCCUACAACCUCUCCCCUGAGGAGCUCAACACCAAGAUCUCGCUGUGCGAUGCUCUGAUCGUGCGGAGUGGCACGAAGGUGAAUCGUGAGGUGUUCGAAUCGUCUGGAGGGAGGUUGAAGGUGGUUGGUAGGGCCGGUGUGGGCAUUGACAAUGUGGAUCUGGCCGCAGCGACGGAGCAUGGAUGCUUGGUUGUGAAUGCGCCCACGGCCAACACUGUUGCUGCCGCGGAGCAUGGGAUCGCGCUCUUGGCUUCCAUGGCGAGAAACAUUGCUCAGUCUGAUGCAUCCGUAAAGGCUGGAAAAUGGCAAAGGAACAAAUACGUUGGUGUUUCCCUUGUUGGCAAAACGCUUGCUGUGAUGGGUUUUGGGAAGGUUGGAACAGAGGUUGCCCGACGUGCGAAGGGGCUUGGUAUGCAUGUAAUUGCACAUGAUCCUUAUGCUCCAGCAGACCGAGCUCGUGCAGUAGGUGUAGAACUUGUGGGCUUCGAUGAAGCUUUAGCAACUGCAGAUUUUAUCUCUCUGCAUAUGCCCCUUACUCCUGCUACAUCUAAAAUUCUCAAUGAUGAAACUUUUGCAAAGAUGAAGAAAGGUGUUCGAAUUGUCAAUGUGGCUCGUGGAGGAGUGAUUGAUGAAGAAGCUCUUGUGCGGGCAUUGGAUGCUGGAAUUGUUGCUCAGGCAGCACUUGAUGUUUUCAUGGUGGAGCCUCCACCACAAGACAGCAAGUUGGUACAGCAUGAAAGAGUGACUGUAACUCCACAUCUUGGUGCUAGUACUAUGGAAGCUCAGGAAGGAGUGGCUAUUGAAAUAGCCGAAGCUGUUGUUGGAGCAUUGAAAGGGGAGCUUGCUUCUACUGCGGUCAAUGCACCGAUGGUACCUGCUGAGGUUCUGUCAGAGCUGAAGCCAUUUGUUAUACUUGCGGAGAAGCUUGGGAAACUGGCUGUGCAAUUAGUGGCAGGUGGAAGUGGUGUGAAAACUGUGAAAGUUACUUAUGCUUCUUCUAGAGGCCCUGAUGACCUCGACACAAGGGUUCUACGUGCCAUGAUUACUAAGGGUUUAGUUGAGCCCAUAUCCGAUGUCUUUGUGAAUCUGGUGAAUGCUGAUUUCACUGCCAAACAGAGGGGACUUAGAAUAGCUGAAGAACGAGUCAUACUAGAUGGCUCACCUGAGAAUCCUCUCGAGUUCAUCCAGGUUCAGAUUGCCAAUGUGGAAUCAAAAUUUGCGAGUGCCAUUUCAGAGUCUGGGGACGUCACUGUGGAGGGACGAGUGAAGGAUGGAGUACCCCAUUUGACCAAAGUUGGAUCUUUUGAGGUGGAUGUGAGUUUGGAAGGCAGUAUUAUACUCUGCAGACAGGUUGAUCAGCCAGGAAUGAUUGGCACGGUUGGAAGCAUUCUUGGGUCGGAGAAUGUGAAUGUCAGCUUCAUGAGCGUUGGAAGAAUUGCUCCAAGGAAGCAUGCUGUGAUGGCAAUUGGGGUAGACGACCAACCUAGCAACGCAACUUUGAAGAAGAUUGGAGAUGUCCCCGCAAUCGAAGAGUUUGUUUUCCUAAAAUUGUAGGGCAGCAUUUCCCUUGUUUCAUAUAUUAUUUCUUCUUGUUUUCCUUUGCUAGGUAUCAUAUUACCAAGUAGAAGCGUACAAUUUUGUUUUCUCAUUUGGAUUUUUGUCUUUGAGCGCCAAAGAAUAAUCCAGCUUAGCAUUUGAGUGUUUUAUUUUAUCUUCGUCUCUAUACCUUCCCUUUUAGCU